GUAAAUUUUUCUUACCAAAGAGCUGGCUGUGCAUUCCUUCAACGGUCAAAUUUCCGUGCAACCAGCGGAUGAAUGACCGAAUGAUGAUUCAUUUCGCCUUUCUUCAUAAAUAAUCUCACCCCACCUUACCAUAAUCACUGCUGAUCUUCUUCCGAAGACUCUGGCUUGCACUAAAAUCCCCUUUUUUUCGGGGUUUUUACUCUAGUGACUCGCGAAACCAAAUGGGUCCUAAGAACGAUUAUGAAGAGGUUCGCAGGCAGCGGCUGGAAGAAAACAAGAGGCGCAUGGAGGAGCUCAAUCUCACAGGACUUGCCACCAGCUUAAAACAGGUCUCUAAUUCGGCCACAAAGUCUGCAAAGAGGUCUUCAAAUCCCAGGAAGCAGAGGACUGAGGAGGGACCAGUGGUGGUGCGUCGCUCCAGUCGUGUAGCCAACAACCCUCCUGCAGAUUACCGCGAAGCACCUAUUGAUAUCCCUUAUCUUCGGAAAAGCUAUAGCCGUAGAUCAAUCUUUUCGCAUGCAAUUGCCUCAGUUGAAGCAAGUCGAGAAGCAGUUGAACAUGCAUACAAUAUUGAAUCUGGUUUAGGAUCCACCUACCCAACAUUUGUGAAACCCAUGUUACAUUCUCACAUUUCUAGUGGAUUUUGGCUGGGUCUUCCAGCUGACUUCUGCAAAACACACUUACCGAAACAAAAUACGAGGAUGAUUUUAGAGGAUGAAACUGGUGAUGAAACUGAAACUCUUUAUCUUGCUGGCAAGGUCGGCCUCAGUGCAGGGUGGAGAGGUUUCUCAAUUGACCAUGGUUUGAUUGAGGGUGACUGCUUGGUUUUCCAGUUGAUUCCACCAAGCAGAUUUAAGGUGUAUAUUGUUAGAUCGGCUGAUUUCGAAACGGGGAAGAGGAGAGCUGCAGACAGUGAUACAGACGCUGUUCAGGAGUUGUCUGUCCAAGAGUUGUCUGUGUCUGGGAAACGAAAAAGAUCCUCAGAAGAUGAGGAAGAGGCCUCAGAUGAAUCGGUUGAAGAAGAAGAGGUUUCAAAUGAAUCGGUUGAAGGAAAUGACAAGUUGUCUAAAAAGUCUAAGAUGUCUAAAGCAAAAGAUGGGAAGCAAGAGCCUAAGAAAUCUGGUAAGAAGCCGUUACAAAAUUCUGAUGUGGAAGAACAGGAGAAGCAGCAGGAUGGGAGCGACAAGGGGCAACAGUUAAAAGCGAAAGAAGAUACUACUGCAGGACCUAAGUCCAAGGGGGCCCAAGUUAAAUCAAAAAGCAAAAAGCAAAUCAACAGCAUGAUGCCGAUAAGAAAGGCAUCAUCAAGGUCCCAAGAUAAUAUUAAACCGUCAAAUGGGCGUAUUAUGACGGUGGCUGCUUGAUAAUGUAUGAACCAGGCUACUUUUCGAAUGUAUUUUGUCAAAACUUCCAGCUUGCUGCUAACUUUUGGUACAUAUUUUAGUAGCUACGUAACUCAAGUUUUAAAUUUAAUGGAAACUGAUCAUUUUUCA